AUGUUUCGCCGCAUCAUUGCCUCUGCGGGUGUGUAUCCGAGAGCGAUGGGUGCUCGCACGUACUUCUACGCGUCCCCGGGCGAAUCUGGAAUCAGCGCUGAGACGAUGAAAGGCCUGCUGAAGGCGACUCUUUGCUUCAUUGUGCUUGAGGCGUUUGUUAUCAACCGUGCUGUGUUUCAAGGCCUUAGCACGAAGCACCAAUACGUUGAGGAUUUCACGGACCUCUGGGAGGAUGACGGAACUGUCAUGGAGGGCGAGGAGGCGGUUGCGAACCUCCGCAUCCAACGCGAACGUAUUAUGCCGUUUAUGAACGACAUUAAGGAGAAGCUGGACGCCGCCGGUGUUGAGACGGAUGCACAGUAG